AUGGUGUCCAGCAGUAACUGGCUAUCCAGGGUGAAUGUCGUGCUGGUGAUGGCCUAUGGGAGCCUGGACUUGAAAGAGGAGAUUGAUAUUCGACUACCCAGGGUUCAGGAUAUCAAGUAUGAACCUCAGGUCCUUGCAGAUGAUGAUGCAAGACUGCUACAUCUGGAAACUCAGGGAAAUCAAAGUUGCUACAACUAUCUGUAUAGGAUGAAAGCUCUGGAUACUUUCCAUGCUUCUGAGAUCCCAUUUCAUGCUGAAGGCAGGCACCCCUGUUCCUUAAUGGGCAAGAAUUUCCACUCCUACUUGCCAGAUCUUCAAAACACUAGUACUCCUUUCAAGGGUGUGAGGAAGGCCUUUAUCGAUACCCUGCUGGAUGGCUACGAGACAGCUCGCUAUGGGGUGUUUGGCCAGAGUACCUGCACUAUCAAGAGGCCCUAA